UGUCGGCUGUCCGGCUGCGGGAAAAAUAAGCCAGGCGGGCAGGGGCGCCGACGCCACUUUGCCGCCCGGCGUCGGUGGCGGCAGGUCGGAGGUGGUUGGCCGGCCGGCCGUCCUGGAGGGCGGCUGGCUGGCGGAAGGAAGGAAGGCGCAGACGCAGCUGCUGUAGCCGGAGCAGCAGCAGCAGCAGCAGCAGCAGCCGCGUCCCUCGGGAGCGGGGAGGGGGGCAGAUUUUCCCCUUCUUUUCCUGUUCUGAUGCCGUACGUCUUUGCACCACAACGCCCAUCCUCCUCUGCCGGCCCAGACCAAAGAUUCCCGGACUUGGAGGAAGGCUGAGAACUUUGAAGAGCUCUGAGCUUACCUGCGCCUGUUCCAACCUGGCCCUGAUUAGCUUUGCAACCCAACUCAACUCAGCCAGUUUGGCAUCGGCAUUAGCAGUAGACACCUUGUGGAUGUCAUCAUGGAGAAGAGGGAGAACUUUCCACCUCUUAAUUCCCUGAAUGAGUACCAGCCAAUCAGGACAGCUGAUAAAAUGGAUCCGAGCAGCAAUGCUGAAAAGAAUGGUGAAGACCAAAGAACUAUGCAGCUGAGAAAAGAAAUCUCUCUCCUUAACGGCAUCUGCCUUAUAGUAGGAAAUAUGAUUGGGUCCGGGAUAUUUGUUUCUCCCAAAGGAGUACUUAACUACAGUUUGUCCUAUGGAUUAUCCCUCGUCAUCUGGGCCCUGGGGGGGAUGUUUUCCGUGAUCGGAGCCCUCUGCUAUGCUGAACUGGGCACCACGAUCACCAAGUCAGGAGCCAGUUAUGCAUAUAUCUUAGAGGCCUUUGGAAGCUUCAUUGCUUUUAUACGUCUGUGGACGUCGCUGUUGAUCAUUGAACCAACCAGCCAGGCUAUCAUCACGAUAACCUUUGCCAACUAUAUUGUGCAGCCAGUCUUCCCUUCUUGCCAGCCUCCGUACAUUGCUUGUCGUCUCAUUGCCGCUGCUUGUGUAUGUCUUCUAACAUUUAUAAAUUGUUCCUAUGUUAAGUGGGGAACAAGGGUGCAGGAUGCAUUCACCUAUGCCAAAGUCAUUGCUCUAAUUGUCAUCAUCGUGACAGGAAUUGUUAAACUAUGCCAGGGAUACUCAGAACAUUUUCAGGACUCUUUUGAGGGAUCAUCUUGGAACCUCGGAGGGAUUUCUCUUGCACUUUAUUCUGCCUUGUUCUCAUACUCAGGUUGGGACACACUGAAUUUUGUAACUGAAGAAAUAAAAAAUCCGGAAAGGAAUCUGCCUCUAGCUAUUGCUAUUUCUAUGCCAAUUGUGACCAUUAUCUACAUCUUGACCAAUAUAGCUUACUAUACAGUGCUGGAUAUUAAUGCUAUACUUUCUAGCGAUGCGGUCGCGGUGACCUUUGCUGACCAAGUAUUUGGGAUUUUCAGCUGGACCAUUCCAAUAGCGGUUGCCUUGUCCUGUUUUGGAGGAUUGAAUGCCUCUAUUUUAGCCUCAUCCAGGCUCUUCUUUGUAGGAUCCCGGGAAGGUCAUCUGCCUGACCUCCUAUCCAUGAUCCAUAUUGGAAGGUUUACACCCGUCCCAGCUCUUCUUUUCAAUUGUACUAUGACCCUCAUCUAUUUGACUGUAGAAGAUGUCUUUCUGCUUAUUAACUACUUCAGUUUCAGCUAUUGGUUCUUUGUCGGGUUGUCCAUUGCUGGACAGCUCUACCUCCGCUGGAAGCAACCGGAUCGGUAUCGACCACUCAAGCUGAGCCUGUUUUUCCCAAUCGUUUUCUGUAUGUGCUCGAUUUUUUUAGUGGUUGUGCCACUCUAUAGUGACACCGUUAAUUCUCUUAUUGGCAUUGGAAUUGCACUCUCUGGGAUUCCAGUCUACUUCAUGGGGGUCUACUUGCCUGUUUCCAAAAGGCCACCAUUGGUCAGCAAAAUCUUAGGUGCUGUCACCCGAUCCACUCAGUUACUUUGCUACUGUGUUCUGACAGAAAUGGAUGCUGUUGAAGAAAAAGGAGAAAGCAAAUCUAAUUAAAGACGGGGAAAGGAUUCGGUCAACCAGCUGCCCGGAUGAGAGUCUGGAUAUUUCAGCGAAGUCCAAAUUUUCUUUCUGGAUUUGGAGAUUCUAUCCGGUUGACAUAAUUUGGUUGCCUUUUGCUUGUUCAGUUUUGUAAAAAUGAGAAAACUCACCAGGAUUCUCAGGCAUAAAUUCACCAUGGUUUUUAAUUCGACGUUUUUAAGCAGCAAAAUCAAGUCUUUAAACGAAGUGCCCGAAGAUGAGACUGCAUGGACAUUAGACAGUUAGUGUGACAAAAAAUAUCUUGUCCAACUUACUACAAUUAGAACGCUCCAUUGGCUCUACCAAGCAAUCAGUUGUUUAAUCCUGCACUACUGAUUGUGACCAGCUAUUUCAUCCAAGUGAUUGAAUAUGCUAGGAAGAAGUCAGAGCAUGCGGUUUUAUUGCACUGAGGUAACCCAGGAGUAAAUACAGUAAACAGUUGUUUGUAUAAAUGGUGGUUUAUAUUACACUAUCUACAAAUACACACUAGAAAUAAGAUACAUACACGUAGUGAUAAUUCAGCAAACUCCAAUAUACAGCAAUUACAGCAGUCAAAUGGAUGAGAAGAGAAACUCCAGCAAAAAAAAUCCCUUUUAUACUCAGGCUCUUAAAGGGAUAUAGUCCCUGCUUACUCUUAAAGGGACACAGACACAGAUUCUGCUGAGUCAUUCCUAUCAUUGCAUCAUCCUUUUAUUGCAUCAACCACCUUACAUUACAUCUUUACAUAGCUGUUAAAUCAUUAAAUAUUGACAGGUUAUUUGCCUUCUGAUCUUUAGAAAUAAUUUAACUCUACCCUUCGUUCAUGCAUAUAUCCUCAAGUAUUCAGAAGCUGGUGGUCAUCUCUUCCUCACUUCAAUCGCUGUGAUCAAAGUAGAGGUUUAGAUGGAAAUGUAUUUUGAGUAGUUCAAAUUGGAAUCAACACAGUAGGUAUUAAAUCUAGGACUUCAAAGCCAACAUUUUUAACCAGUUGAGCAUAAUAAGCACUGCAAUUGUUCAUUUGGCUUUCUCUCUCAACUUUGGGCAUUGGACAAGUGAAAUUCAUGCUGCUUCAGCUCUCUGAUAUUUUAAAGAUUUUAUACAGAACCAUUUGGUAGCACAAUAGUUGGACUCAGCCUGGGGAGCUAUCAAAACUUUCUUUUAGGUCAGGGGUCUUCAAACUUGGCCCUUUUAUGACUUGUGGACUUCCAACUCCCAGAAAUCCUCAGCCAGGCUGAGAGGGAGUCGAAGUCCACAAGUCAUAAAAGGGCCAGGUUUGGAGACCCCCUGUUUUAGGUCUUCUUGUAUGACUGAGUUCAUAGGGUUAAAAAUGCACAUUUUUUAAAGGCACUUUCUUUAAUGCAAAUAGGAAAAAAUAGUUCCUGUAAAGUGAUAUAGGGAGAAAAUGGUUAAGCUGUUUUCUGUGGCAAAUGCAGUUUCUCACUUCGUUAUACUUAUUUUUAGUAUAAACAAGGCAAAGAUUAAGGACAGCAAUUCAGGCCUAAUGUAGUCCAACAGUCCACUUAUCAAUAUCUUGAUUGUCCAUUUACAUCUUCUCACUCUGGGAUCACAUUUCCACCUUAUUAUCUGCAAACCAAUAUUGAUAAAUGAAUUUGUAUUAGAAAAGGCUGCUUGUGCCCUGUUAGGAAAAGCACCAUCAAUUCAGAACAUGCAUCUUACGUUUACCUCCCAAACAGACUCUCUCUUCAGAAGUAUAUCAUGUUGCGUCUUUCUGUGGCUUUUUGUUGUUUCCAGAGGCACAGACCUGGCAAAGAGGCAAAAUGGUAGCAAUGUUCCUUUGCUUCUCUUUCGUAUGCAAUCUGGUAAACUGAUGGGUGCUAAAAGAAUUAAAAACGUUAAGUACUCACACGAUGGAUUCAGUUUAGGAGAGGCUCCUUUAUCAGUUGUGAGUUUUGCUCACAUUUAAAUACCUACUUUAUGUGCAUGUGUAAGUUUCCAGAGCUUAAUUGUCAAAAUCAUUGGUACUGUGUUCUUAACUCCAUAAUAUUAUAAAUGAAAGGUAGUGAGUUAAAAGAAAUACAUAGAUCGAUUCAUGUAAUUAUUCCUUUUUUAUUCAAUCAAGAACUGGAUUUGCUUUCGGAUUUGAAUCCAGUUAUAAUCCACUCCAACCACCUGUUUAGAAAGAGGUGUGGUAUUUAUUGUAUUGGUGAAGAACCCAGAAAGCAACAUUGUGAAGCUUUGUUUCUCAGUCUUUAUGGAAAUCAAAUGAUUUGAAUCGACCGCAUUAGAUCAAAAAUGUCUUGAAAAUGUACUACAUCCAUUUAUCUUGGUGCUUUUUAAUUAGGUUUUGGUUUCAUAGUGCAAUAGAAUUGUUGCCAAUAAAUCCUUAAAGCAUGUUUUAUUUAGUUUAACAACGUGGCAUUAAAUUUUAAACUCUACCCUGAAUUAUUUUUAUACUCCAUUCUGCUGUUAAAAUGCAUUUUAUUUUAUAGGAGAACUGAACUGUUUACCUCUUGACCAGGUCAAUUAGUUGUCACAACCGCAACUUCUGUAGUUCCUGUGUGUACAAGAACUUUGAAAGGGAAAAAUUAAAGUUCCACCAUGUGGAAAUAAAAGAACGAGAAUAUGAA